AUGCCGCCCUCUCUGCAAGAAACUAAACCUCUGCCACCGUUUGUUUUCGGAUUUGGUGCCCACCCGACUACGCAUGAGUGCAUGUUGGUGUUUAUUCUUUACGAGUGGGUGGAUGUAAAGCAACAGAAAUUUCCUUCCAAGGUUGAGCUUUACACCCAAGGGACAGGAUCAUGGAGAUCCAUCGCUUCUGUUGGUCAUCCACAUCUCAUUGCGCGUUUGGAUUGCUUACAGGCUUUUGUUAAUGGAGCCAUACAUUGGAUUGCACUCGAAAGUGGAGUUGGGGAUGGUUUAAGCAAUACUGAUGCCUGCCGCUCUGGUCAUUACAAGCUCAUUGGGCCUGCCCAUUUUGUCGUAUGGAGAAUCACUGGCGGUGUUAUGUCGUGGACAGGAGGGUUCUGUGGCAUGUGGGUUAUGAAAAAAUAUGGAGUUGCAGAAUCUUGGGCCAAAUUAUACACUAUUCCUCUUACAGGAGUGUCGGGCCGCAUAAUAGGAUUUAGGGAAAAUGGUGAAUUUCUGGUAUCGGCGAGUGACAAAUUGCUACUUUGUUAUGACUGUAAGACCAAAACUUGGACAAAUACUGGAUAUAGCGGGAGUUCUGAUGCAUGUACCGCUGACACUUUCAUGGAAUCCCUAGUUUUAGCGAAACCAUGA